AUGGCCCGCGAUGGCCUCUCUAGGCCCUACGCAGACCCUGCUCUCAGGCGCUCUCCUCGUCUGUAUGCCUCGGUCCUAAAGCGGCUCCGAGAGGCCAGCCUGGUGGCGUGGGGGGUUGAAUGCAAAGUUUCGGUUGGGAUCUUCGCCGCGUAUAAGAAGUCAGGGAAGCUUCGAGUUAUUAUUGACAGUCGUAUCUCGAGUUGCUGGUUCGACGACUCCGAUGCCGUGCACUUGGCGAGUGGGUCCUCGUUCGCGUCCAUCCAGGCUGGCUCUCAGGAUCCUAUCUGCGUCGGCGGCGUCGAUGUGGCCAACGCUUUUUACAACGCUGCCCUGCCCAAGGGUCUCCAGGAGUUCUUCGGUCUUCCAAGGAUCCGUGCUGGACAGGUUGGAGUCUCGGAGGUGAAUGGGGCCCCGGUGGCCCCGAAUACCUACAUCGCCCCCCUCUUCACCGCGAUCCCUAUGGGUUGGAAGCUCUCUUUGUGGCCGAUGCAACGUGCCCUGGAGAUCCUCUCGAGGCGGGCCCCCGGCAUCGAGGAGGCGAAUGCCCUGUUCGACCGGCGCCCAGCCCCGCCCUUGACGCCGCUGAUCCACACAGAGUGCGUUGAUAAUUUUGUCGGUUUCAGUCAGUGCCAGCGGGCCGCCGGAGAUGCUGCCCGCGCAGUCUCCUCGGAGCUCACGCGAGCCCGUUUUCCCGCGCACCCGGUGGAGGGCACGAGGGGAGGGGCGACCUUGGGGUGGACUUUCUCGGAUGACUCGGCCGAGGUCGGGGUCAACCCGACUACUUGCUGGAAGCUUCGUCUCGGGUUUCAAGAGUUUGCCCGUCGAAAAUAUGCUUCAGGAAAGACUGUCGAGAUCCUCGUGUCCCACUUUACCACCCGGGCCCUGAUUAGGCGCGAGCUCUUGUGCGUGUUCAACGCCGCCUACUCGUUUAUAGAACAUGCUGGUGACUCCGCGGUGCCAUUCUGGCCCUCGGUGAAAAGAGAAUUCACGUGGGCCAGCCACCUCAUCGUCCUUGCCUCGCGUGACCUGUCUGCUCCAUGGGCUUCGGAGGUAUCAGUUGUGGACGCUUCUAGUUGGGGUAUGGGUGCGUGUGUCCAGGACCUGGACCACCGCGUCGUCGCGGACUUAGGCAAGCUCAACGAACGCUGGAG